GAAAAUUAAGUCGCAUGGCGGUAGCUAUCUGAAACGUGAGUGAUUACGAACAUUCACGAACAUUUGCCGUUGUGUCUGUUCAUUUGAAGACGACAAUCGUUUUCGUUUCCGUACGAAUUUGUGUGAUUUGCAGGAAAAUACUAAUAUUGAUUUACAAUGUCAUCCUUGAAUCCUGUGAGAAUCUUCAAACCUGAUGCCGAAGAAGAAAAGGCGGAGACUGCUAGAAUCUGUUCGUUCAUUGGAGUUAUAGCCAUUGGAGAUCUAGUAAAAUCCACUCUAGGUCCUAAGGGUAUGGACAAGAUACUUGUAUCUUAUGGAAGGUCGGCAGGACAAGUGCAAGUUACUAACGAUGGUGCUACCAUCCUUAAGAGCAUUGGUGUUGAUAAUCCGGCUGCUAAAAUUUUGGUAGACAUGUCUCGUGUCCAAGACGAUGAAGUAGGAGAUGGCACUACUUCAGUCACUGUUUUUGCUGCUGAACUUUUGCGAGAAGCGGAGAAAUUGAUUGAGAAUCAAAAGAUUCAUCCACAGACUAUUAUUAUCGGUUGGAGAAUUGCUACUAAUGUAGCAACAGAAGCUUUGAUUAAUGCAUCAGCAAAUAACUCGGCAGAUCCUGAACGUUUUCGCGAAGAUUUAUUGAACAUCGCACGUACAACGUUGAGCUCCAAGAUCUUAUCACAACAUAAGGAACAUUUCAGCAAGCUCGCGGUUGACGCGGUGGUACGUCUUAAAGGUUCCGGUAACUUGUCCGCUAUUCAAGUUAUAAAGAAACGUGGGGCGACGCUCGCUGAUUCGUUCUUGGACGAAGGAUUCCUGUUGGAUAAGAAGCCUGGUGUUCAUCAACCACAAAAAGUCAGCGACGCACGCAUACUUAUCGCUAAUACAUCUAUGGACACAGACAAAAUCAAGGUAUUUGGUUCUAGAGUUCGUGUGGAUUCAAUGGCAAAGAUUGCAGAAUUAGAAUCUGCGGAAAAAGAAAAGAUGAAGGAUAAGGUCGACAAGAUCUUGAAGCAUGGAUGCAAUGUUUUCAUCAACAGACAGUUAAUUUACAAUUAUCCAGAACAAUUGUUCGCUGACGCCGGAAUUAUGGCCAUCGAACAUGCAGAUUUCGAUGGUAUCGAAAGAUUAGCGCUCGUUACCGGCGGUGAAAUAGUCAGCACCUUUGACAAUCCAGACUUAGUCAAGCUUGGAAAAUGCGAUCUUAUUGAGCAAGUAAUGAUAGGGGAAGAUACACUCCUGAGAUUCUCUGGAGUUCCAUUAGGUGAAGCGUGCACUGUUGUUAUUCGCGGCGCGACCCAGCAGAUCAUCGAUGAGGCUGAGAGGUCGUUGCACGAUGCACUCUGCGUUUUAGCCGCUACAGUGCGCGAGUCGAGAAUAGUCUACGGCGGCGGAUGCAGCGAGAUGAUCAUGGCUUGUGCCGUUAUGCGAGCGGCUGCUUCCACGCCGGGUAAGGAAGCGGUCGCGAUGGAGGCAUUUGCACGAGCGUUGACGCAAUUACCGACCGUUAUUGCUGACAAUGCUGGCUAUGACUCUGCGCAACUGAUUAGCGAGCUGAGAGCUGCGCAUAAUUCUGGCAAUAGCACCAUGGGAUUAGACAUGGAAUUGGGUAAAAUUGGUUGCAUGAAGCGCCUAGGAAUCACUGAAUCCUGGAUAGUAAAAAGACAAGUUCUUGUAAGCGCAGCUGAAGCAGCAGAAAUGAUACUGCGUGUGGAUAAUAUUUUGCGAGCGGCUCCGAGGAAACGUACUCAAGAUAGAGGACGUUGUUAAUCGUUAUUUAAAUAAAGGACUUUUAACCUCUG